AUGCUGAGAAUUGAUAGACAAGGCAAAAAAGGAGCUUCCCAACCAUUAGAAAGAAAUAUUAUGAAAUGUUCAUCUGAAAUUAAUUUAAGCUCCUUUGCAUUUCUGUUUUCGGAAAUGGUUCAGUAUUCCCUAUCUUGUUUAAAACCAGGAAUUCGACUUGAAGAUAAACUUCAUGAAAUGGGGAUUUCUGUUGGAUAUAAAAUAGUUGAGCUAAUUACCAUUAGAGAUAAAGCUCAUCAAAAGAGAGAAACCAGAAUACUUCAAAUACUUUCCUUUAUUUCACAAAAAUGUUGGAAAUACUUAUUCGGGCAUGCUGGAGAUUUACUUAAGGGUCAAGAAUCUGAUGAUGAAUAUAUGAUCAAUGACAAGAAUCUUCUCUUAAAUAAAUUCAUCUCUGUUCCGAGGGAUCUUGAACAUAUUAAUUGUGGUGCAUAUGCUGCAGGAAUAGUUUCAGGAAUUCUAGAUAGCUCAGAAUUCCCUGCAAAUGUUACUGCUCAUACAACCGAAGAUACUCCAAAUAACUAUAGUACAACCAUUUUGAUUAAAUUCGAAAAAUCUGUAUUACUUAGAGACAAAUCCAUUCAGUCAUUUUAA